AUGGCGGCGGCAGCAGCUGCGGCGGCCGCUUCUGGGUCCCGGGCGGAGUCGGCAGCGGUAUCGGCGGCGGCGGCGGUACCAGAGGAGACGGAGGACGAGGAGGCAGCGGCGGCCUUAGCCGUGAGGGCAGCGCGCGGGCGCCCUGAGCACGAGGCGCAUUCGGAGGACUCGGGCGGGGGCGGCGACGGCGUGGACGAAGAUGAGGACGAUGAUCUGGGUUGCUCCUCGGCGGAGGACGACGAGGACGAUGAUGACGACGAUGAGGAGAAGGAGAACGAGGCGGAAAUCCAGCGGCUGGAGGAGCAGCUUUCCAUCAAUGCCUUUGACUAUAAUUGCCACGUGGACCUGAUAAAGCUGCUUCGGCAAGAAGGGGAACUUAUCAAGCUGAGAAGAGCUCGCCAGAAAAUGAGUGAACUUUUUCCUCUUACUGAAGAAAUCUGGCUGGAUUGGUUGAAGGAUGAGAUCAAGAUUGCCUCAGAUGGUUCAGAUCGGGAGAAAGUAUAUGAACUCUUUGAGCGAGCAGUGAAAGACUAUAUUUGUCCUGAAAUUUGGCUGGAGUAUGCCCAGUAUUCAAUUGGUGGGAUUGGUCAAGAAGGUGGUAUUGAGAAAGUUCGUUCCAUAUUUGAAAGAGCCCUCACCGCUGUUGGCUUACACGUGACCAAAGGAGCAGCCAUGUGGGAGGCCUAUCGGGAGUUUGAGAAUGCAAUUCUGAAAACAGUCCAGCCCUCUCCUGGCCGUGUCCCGACAUGUAAGCAGCAGCAGACCCUGGCUCUACAGCUUGAGAGAAUCCACACACUCUUCCGCCGCCAACUGGGCGUCCCACUUCUAGACAUGGAAGCCACCUAUGCAGAAUAUGAGGAGUGGUCCAAUGACCCAAUCCCGGAGUCCGUCACACAGAACUAUAAGAAAGCGCUACAGCAAAUGGAGAAGUAUAAACCCUAUGAAGAGGCCCUGUUGGUAGCAGAGACACCAAAGCUAGCCGAGUAUCAAACAUACAUUGAGUUUGAGUUGAAAGCUGGCGAUCCUGCUCGUAUUCAGUUAAUCUUUGAGCGUGCACUGGCUGAGAACUGCCUUGUUCCAGACUUGUGGGCCCGUUAUAAUCAGUACCUGGAUCGGCAGUUGAAAAUGAAGGAUCUGGUCUUAUCUGCACAUGACCGUGCUGUUAGAAACUGCCCCUGGACAGUUGGACUCUGGAAUCGGUACCUCUUAGCCAUGGAAAGACAUGGAGUUGCCCAUCAGAUUGUUUCUGAUAACUUUGAGAAAGCACUGAAUGCUGGCUUUAUUCAGGCCACAGAUUAUGUGGAGAUCUGGCAGGCGUACCUUGAUUACCUGAGGAGAAGAGUGGAUUUUAAACAAGAUUCGAGUCGAGAGCUGGAGGAAUUGAGGGCCGCCUUUGCUCGAGCGCUGGAGUAUUUGGAACAAGAAGUGGAAGAGCGUUUUAGUGAGAGUGGAGAUCCAUCCUGUACCAUAAUGCAGAAUUGGGCAAGAGUGGAGGCUCGCCUUUGUAACAAUAUGCAGAAAGCUCGAGAGCUCUGGGAUAGCAUCAUGACAAAAGGAAAUGCAAAAUAUGCUAACAUGUGGCUGGAGUACUACAACCUGGAACGGGCACAUGGGGACACCCAGCACUGUCGGAAGGCUUUGCAUAGGGCUGUUCAGUGUACCAGUGACUACCCGGAACACGUCUGCGAAGUGCUGCUCACGCUUGAGAGGAUCGAAGGUACUCUCGAAGAUUGGGACACAGCAGUUCAGAAAACUGAAAAUCGAUUAGCCCGAGUUAAUGAGCAGAGAGUCAAGGCUGCCGAGAAGGAAGCUGCCCUUGCCCAGCAGGAAGAGGAAAAGACUGAGCAGCGCAAGAGGGCUCGGGCAGAAAAGAGGGCCUCCAAAAAGGUGAAGAAGACCAAGGCUGGGGACAAGCGGAAGGCGGAUGAAGAUGAGGAGGACCAGUGGGGGGAUGAAGAAGAAGAACAGCCCUGCAAGCGACUGAGAGCUGGAGAGGCAGAAUCCAUGAGCCUAGAGGUGGGGCUCUUUGGGAGGAGCGAAUCUACAGAAGUGGACCCCCCUUCCAAACAGAAGGAGAGAGCAGCUGCCAUCAGGAAGGAGAUGCCCAAAGUGUUCCACGAUAGCAAUAAAGACAACAUCACUGUGUUUGUCAGCAACUUGCCCUAUGGCCUGGGGGAGCCCGAUGUCAAGCUCAGGCCCCUCUUUGAGCCCUUCGGGGAGGUCACGGAGAUCCGCCCCAUCUUCAGUAACCGUGGGGACUUCCGGGGCUACUGCUAUGUGGAGUUUAAGGAGGAGAAGGCAGCCCUGCAAGCCCUCAGCUUGGACCGGAAGACGGUGGACGGAAGGCCAAUGUUUGUUUCACCUUGUGUGGACAAGAACAAGAACCCAGACUUUAAGGUGUUCAGGUACAGCACUGCCCUGGAAAAGCACAAGCUGUUUAUCUCGGGUUUGCCCUUCUCCUGCACAAAAGAGGAACUUGAAGACAUCUGCAAAGUUCAUGGAAAUGUGAAAGACCUCAGGCUGGUCACCAACCGUGCCGGGAAACCAAAGGGGCUUGCCUAUGUAGAAUAUGAAAAUGAGUCGCAGGCUUCUCAGGCCGUGCUGAAAAUGGAUGGGAUGACUGUCAAACAGAACGUCAUUAAAGUGGCCAUCAGUAAUCCUCCUCAAAGAAAGCUGCCUGACAGGCCGGAGCCAGGGAGGGCCUUGGGAGCCAUGGUGCCGCGGCAGGUCUAUGGCGCGCGGGGUAAGGGGAGGACCCAGCUCUCGCUCUUGCCUCGGGCGUUGCAGCGCCCCAACAAUCCUGGCCCUAAGACUGAGAAUGGGACAUUCCAGACCCCACCUGGACCCUCUUCUACACCCACAGAGGCACCCAAGAUGUCAAAUGCUGACUUUGCCAAGAUGCUCCUGAAAAAGUGAAUCGGACUCUACGGGAAAUGUGAAAAUGCCUUUUAGGAAGCCAUUUUGUGUCCUUAUUUCUGCUAGCAAGGGGGAUCCCCCAUCAUUCCCUGUAAAUACUACUUUGUCCUGUUAGGUCCACCACAGUCCAGUUUGGGGCUGUACGUACCAAGUCAGAGGGCUCUUUGGUGUUGACUCAGACAGAAGGCUGGUGGGUUUAAAUGGCUUUAAAUGAUCCCUCAUAUUGAGGGUAGGUGACAUGAGGGAAGUGUUCACUUUACAGAUGGGCAUGGGGUGAAGUUUCCUAAGUGGUUUCUUUGUCUUAAAAGAAUGUAAGGAAUGGAGUAGGGCAUAAGCUUCGCUCAUCUCAUUGGGGUAAUUUCCCGUUUACCUGAUACUUACUUCCUACCCCGCGGAGCAGACCGGCCUAUCAUUCUUGGCAAAGACAAAAUGGCAGAUGCUCAGAAUUCACCACAAUGGCCUAUUUUGGUAGGGGAGGGAGAAGUUAGAGAAAAGGGGGUUGGCUUGAUGUUCUGUUCAAAGUGGUCUAUGUUUUUAUAUUGUGUAUUUGUAAAUGACAUGUCGAACCCUUAUUUUUAAGUUUCCUAACAUUGGGAGACCAGAGAUGUUUGUUUUGUAUUCAGAAUUGUGUGUGCUGCCACUGGUGGGUCACGUCCACUUGGUCUGCCCAAGGAACUGGACUCCUCCUUGUCGAGACCCUCCCUUUCACUCCCUUGGUUCUGUUUCUAUAUGAUGUCAAAUGCAAACUCCAGUUCUCCAUUUAACUUCACUUAUUAAACUGAAGUUCUCUUUAAAAGAGCUUUUGCA